GCACUUUUUCCUCGCAGUGCUUUGACACGUCGGUAGGAGACUUUGGGGCCCUUUGCUCCGUCUGGAUUUGAGGUGUGCAUUACGCGGUGCAAGCCUGCUCGCCUGCUUGCGCUCGUCCCGUGAGUUCUUUGUCCGGUGAGGAAAUUGCUUCGCUCGGCAGCAAAGCCUCCGCCUCGGAACGAAGCAUGGGGAUGCCGGCUUCGUCUGACAUGUCUCGCCGCGCUUGCUGAAGCACGCCCGGCCUGCAGAAUCACAGGCCCCGGGCCUUUCGUGCCAUCGUUGCCAAUGCCGGCGAAGAGUCGAGGAGAAGGUGCGGCCGUCUCGAUAGAUUAGACCCGAUUAUAUUCUUCUCGCAGAUAUUCCGGCUUUGGUCUCGGUUGCAGUGCCCACAAGCUCGGGUACCUGGUCGCUCAUGAAGGAUCGUUCGCGCUGGUGACCACCCGAAAGAAUCCCAAUGCCUCGGUGACCUCCAGGACAUGGAGCUCGCUGAGGAAUUCCUCGUGGUUCCGCUGUAUAUAAGGCUGGGGCUUCUACGUGCCAUGUUUUGGACCAGGUUGUAGCGAACAGGUGAGGCAGAACUCUGGAAGUGAUCGCUUCUCGGAAGCGCGUCGUACUCAACAUAUUUUCGUUCUGAUAAGAGUUCCCUUUGGUAGAGUUUACAGACGCGGAAGGAAGUGCGAGCGGCUGCUGUGCCUGGAAUCUGGAUGAUGCUGGGAAAUUGGGGAACCAGACAUAUAUAGGUGCAGGCGCUCGUAUGGAUACCAGUCUCUUCCAGUGCAUGCACUGGUACCUUUGGUGGUCUGAUUGCGUGCCAAUUAUGAAAGGUAGACUGGUAUAACGUAGGAACAGGUGGAGGGGAUAGUUUAUAGACUUUGGAGGACAGGUCUUAUCAAAAAUGUUAUGCAACUCGGACGAUGAAGAGCGCCAUAGAUGGCGCCGCGGUUGCAGAUCGUUGAGCCAUUUGAAGGGGCUGAAGCGGACUUUUCCGUCCUGGAAGGAGAUUAGGCAAAGUCCCCGUAGAGCUGUGGCCGCCCAGUUGGUGUGCACCGCCAUAGGAUUCUUAACUGCAGUUGGCGUGGGACUCGUUUUAUUUCACAAUUCUCUUCAAACACAGCGGCAAGAAUUCAAGCUGAAAUGCAGCAAUCGGCAGGAGAUACUUAUGGGAGAGGUAGCCAACAAUCUAAACACGUCCUUCAUGAUACUGGGGCUGCUGGCAAGUGAACCCGAUCUGACUCAGGAAGCGUGGUUAGCAUUUACUAAUGAAACAGACUUUCUUAGACCAAGCACCCCUAGGGUGAGCUACAUUGAACUUAUAACUGAUAAAGAGAGAGCUGGGUUUGAGCUGGAAUGGAACUCCUCGCUUUUGAUGAUAGAUGAGAAGCAAGAAGCAAUUCCUAUCAAUUACACGGCCAAGGAGUAUGCACCCAUCAUCUAUGCUUCACAGACGGUGUUGUACGCUUUGCUGGUGGACGUCAGGUCAUUUCGUGCAAUCAACCAUACUUUGAACAAUGCGAGAAAUUCUGGGGCAAUCGCUAUGUCACCACCAGAUCAGUACGGGACGAUUUGGAGAGUCGGAACCUACUUACCUUAUUUUGGGAACAAGACACCAACAACGGUCGAGGAGCGGAUAGAGAUGUGCAUUGGGUGGGUUGGUGUAUCGCUGGAUGUUGAGAAGGUUUUUGGUACAGUCCUCUCAAGAUAUCAGGAUGAUGAAGACAUGGAUGCUGCUGUUGUAUAUCUCCCACAAAGCCGGGACGAUUGGCUUCCUAGUCUCAACUGUGUCCCCUCAGCAUCUACUUGCGAAUUGCCUGUCUAUGACCCACAGUCAAGAUUUGGUCAAGAAAGCACAGCAACAAUCGCAUGGACCUAUGCUUUUCAAAACUUUGAACUUAGAUGCUUUGCGACGAAGAGCAUCAGGUUGAACGCACUGAGGAACGUUAUAGCUUGGCCCAUUCUCAUGAUGAUUGUUGUUCUACUCUGCUCCGUGAUUGUUUACCUUGCAAUCAAGAAAAUGCAAGCAAUAGAGAAGCACAUGUUCCAAGUGGAGAAGAUGAAUUUUGACUUAAGGGCAGCGAAACAAGCUGCUGAGUCAGCGGACAAAGCGAAGUCUCGAUUUCUGGCAACUGUUUCUCAUGAAAUAAGAACACCAAUGAAUGGAGUGAUUGGGAUGACGAACUUGCUUAUGGGUACAGAACUGAGUGCACAACAGCAUGAGUAUGUUAAGAUAGCCCAAGCAAGUGGCAAUAAUCUUGUUUCUUUGAUCAAUGAAGUUCUUGACCUUUCGAAAAUUGAGGCUGGGAAGAUGGAGUUGGAGUCAGUUCCUUUCGAUCUUCGUGUAGAACUCGAUGACUUGCUGUGUCUUUUCGAAGAUAAAGUGAAUGAAAAGAAACUCGAAGUUUCUGCCCUAGUACACGAUAGUGUACCUAGAUGUGUAUAUGGGGACCCUGGAAGACUUCGUCAGGUUCUCAUCAAUCUUGUUGGAAACUCCAUGAAGUUCACAAAGCAUGGUAGCAUUUUUGUUUGCGUUCGUAUUUAUAACCCUCAAGAGGAUACAUUUAGUUCGAUGUUAACAUCAUCACUUUCGUCUUCGCCUGCAAGCGAGGGUAGCCACAGAGGCAAGCGGCAAUAUGAUGUUUCAAAGCUAGUUAAAAUAGUAGAGAGUCGAGAAUGGUCUGCUUCUGAUAUUAGGUUAGAAGGAGUAGGGGUAGUGGAAGCUAUGGCACCCAGAUUGAGCAUGCAAGAAGGUCCACUAAACACGGAGGAAGCAGUUAAGAAAUGGAGAAACUGGGUGCCAAAGGCAGGGGUAGAAGGCGAAGAUUCGGUUGAAGGCUCCAAAACUUUAUCACUGGUCAUUUCUGUGGAGGACACAGGUAUUGGCGUUCCUUCUCAUCUUCAGCAUCGGCUGUUCCAGCCAUUUCUUCAAGCGGAUAGCAGCACAUCUCGGGAGUUUGGUGGUACGGGCAUUGGAUUAUCCAUUUCCAAGAAAUUGGUGGAACUAAUGGGAGGGAAGCUUGACGUAAUCAGUGCACCAGAUGAAGGUAGCAUAUUUGAAUUUACAUUUAAGGUAGGUAAGGAACGCGAUGUUGCAGACAAGGAUGUAAAGCGUGAAUGUGAAGGUUACGGAGAAGAAAACUUGAAAGGGAGAAGAGUGCUCCUCGUCGACCAGCAUUUUGUUAGGCAGGAGGUUGCUGCAAGUUAUUUACGAAGGUUAGGUGUAAUAGUGGAAGGUGUCAGCAAAAGGCAAACAGCUCUGACUUCCCUGUUAGAAAGCGAUAGACCUCAGAUUCACGCAGUCAUACUGGAUCUGCAAGGAAUGGGAAUGGAUGAGGCCGUUCAACUGGUAAAAUUAAUGCGCAAGGAACAGCACCUGAUGUCUAUCCCUGUAUUAGCACUUUCAUGUCCUUUAACCACCCCUUUGGAAAAGAAGGAGUUAUAUGAGGCGGGUUUUUCACAAACUGUUUUCAAACCUAUACGCCGCACGACGCUAGCUACUGGGUUACUGCAAGCAGUGGGAAUCUCUUUGCGACCACCAACGAAGACCGUGAAUACAAAUGCAAACAUGUUGGCAGGGAAGAGGCUGUUAGUGGUGGAUGACAACUUGAUCAACCGUAAGGUUGCACGCUCAAUGUUGGCCCGUUAUGGCGCAACUGUGGAGUGCGUGAAUGGGGGAGUAGAGGCGAUUGAGGCCAUAAAGAACAAAGCUGCGAACUUGCAAUUUGAUUUAAUUUUGAUGGAUAUUCAGAUGCCUGAGGUGGAUGGUUGUGAAGCUACCAGAAGAAUCCGUCGUUGGGAGAUUGAGAAUUGCAGUUUCUGCCGAGCAUCUGAAAGCAAAAAAUGGGAGCAACAAGCACCUCCUGGUGUUUUACAACAGUGUCCACACAGCAGAAUACCAGUCGUAGCAGUCACUGCUGAUGUUAUGCAGGGCACUCAUGAGAUGUGCUUCGGCUCGGGCAUGGAUGAUUACAUGCCUAAGCCUCUCGAUCAAAAAGUACUGCACCAGCUGUUGGUAAGGUUUUUACAAAACGACUUCAUCAACCAGACAGGUCAAUCAAGAAGAAGAAGUAAGACAUUGGAAAGGGAAUCUGUGGCACAAUGAGCAGGUCAACCACAAGGUCACCACUAGAAUCAAGGAUGCAUAGUUCCGUCAUUUCCUUGCAACAAGCCACAUAUGGGGAAGAGAACACUUGUGCAUGUUUAGCAGUGCGCUUUUCUCAGUUUGCUGAUUCAUCAACAUGAAAAACAAAGCUAACGUCUGCAAGGACGCAGAUCGUUUUUGCGAUUGUGACUUGGUCCUAAUCCAUCCCUGGAGAACAAAAAUUCGUUUGUGGCUUUCGGGUUUGAGUGUAGACCCUUUUUGUCACGAACAAACGAAAGUAGUCAGUUCGCGAAUCCAUCUAUCUCCCACGACAGAUGUGUAGAGUUCAUUAGUGUGUUCUAUGAAAGGGAUGAGACCUAUCACACUGCCCACAUUGGGCAAAGCUUUUACAUAGCUACAAUUGUCUAGACCUGCUUCUAAAAGUGGUCGUGGUCACGUAAAACUUAGAUUCAUGUUCCUCGUUAUGAGAAGGCUCAACACUGAAAAUCACUGGAGGAGUGAAAACGAGAUUUGUAAUUUGCGACGUCCCUGUACAGCAUUCAUGUAAUGAAGAAUUAUCACCC